AUGGCCACAUUCUUACGAGAUCCUAAAGCACUCCGCGCCACCGUGAUGGCCACGCAAGAGCCCUGGCAGAACGAGUACGACGACACCACCCACCAACCCGCGCGAGCAACGCACCAAUUGCUCUAUCCCAAAUCCGCGAAUCACGACGGCGUCCGGGCGAGGGUGGCUCUCUACGUGAGCCGCCAGAUCGACCCCGCCACGUGGUCUCACACAGUGAUUUCCCCGGAUUAUCAGAUUCUCAAGAUCCGCUACGCACGUGGCGAUCAAUCCCAGGAGCUCUUCAUUCACAAUAUCUACAAUGAGCCCGGAUCCGCUACAUUUGAGCACCUGCAAACUCAACUCGCUCACUACACCAAUCCUACAUCCGAGCACGUUAUCGUCGGCGAUAUGAACGUGCACCAUCCCGCCUGGGGUGGUCCCGGCACCAAGAUGGACACCGCUGCCACGGAGCUGCUCGAAAUCAUGGACCACCACGAGAUCGAGCUCGCGACGGAGGAAGGCCUUGUCACGUGGCAACGUGGAAAGUCGACCUCUACCAUCGACCUCACCUUCCUAUCCGCAAAUCUAUUUAACCGGAUGGUCCUGUACGAACGUGCGGACAAUGUCCAGCACGACUCCGACCACUGGCCCAUCCGGACCCAGCUUGAUAUCCAGACUCCGGUCCAUAUUCCCCUAGAGCGCCGAAACUGGGCGGCCACAGAUAUCAAGAAGCUCCACAAGAUCCUAGAGCGUGAACUUACAAGCCCAAUUCUCACCAACGCCUCUAUACCCUGUAUCGAACUGGCGACCAAAACAUUGAUCCAGACGGUGCAAUAUGCCAUUGAGCAAUCCAUUCCAUUGGCGAAUCCCAGCGAAUGGAGCAACCCUGAUUUCACACCAGAAUGCAAUGAAGCCAUCCGAACCUGUCGCCGCCUUCGCCGCCAGGUCUCCAACACCCACAAUCCGUGGAUCUGGCGCGCUUACCUCCGGGCACGCAACCAGAAGAAACGGGUCGUCAGUAAGGCCCUCCGUCAAGGUCACCGUCGCCGCGUGCAAGAGGUGACCGAGCGAGGUCCCAUGGGCAUGUGGCGAUUGGCCAAAUGGGCACGCUCGCGCAAAGGAGCGUACGAAUCCGGGAUCACGCCAACCCUCCAAUCCGAUGGCAUCUCCGCGGAAUCCGUGGAGGAGAAGACCGCGCUGCUCAGCAAAGCCUUCUUUCCCCAGAUCCCCAAAGCAGACCUAUCCGAUAUCGACAACGCCGUGUAUCCGGAGCAACUUUAUUUCCCCACAAUCCCGCGCCACGAGAUCGAGACCGUGAUCCGCUCCACGCCACCAGACAAAGCGCCUGGUGCCGAUGCCAUUCCCAACAGCCUCUGGCACAAGAUCAUUGGUCUGCCAGUGGUACUCGAUACACUCUAUGAAAUCUUCAACGCCUGCGUACGAACGGGCUACAAUCCAUCACAUUUUCAACGCUCUAUCACCGUAACCCUGCGGAAGGGUGGCGCAGAUCGGGACUAUCGAAUGCCCAAGGCAUAUCGCCCCGUGGCGCUGCUCAACACGCUGGGUAAAUUUCUCGAAGCAAUUAUCGCACGACGAAUCAGCUACGCAGUCGAAUCCGAAGGACUGCUCCCGACGAGCCACCUUGGUGGCCGAAAGGGCAUCUCCACGGAUCACACCAUCCAGAUCAUCCUGGACCGGAUACAACGGGCCUGGGGUAACAGACGGGGUGUGGUCUCGAUGCUGCUACUGGAUGUCUCUGGUGCGUACGACAACGCGCACCAUGCUCGUCUUUUACACAACAUGCGGAAACGACGACUGGGGCACUUCGCACCGUGGGUGACGGCGUUUCUCACGGGACGAAGCACCAAGAUCCGGAUUCCCGAAGGCGUCUCCAAGGACUGGAUUUCUACACCCACCGGCAUUCCCCAAGGCUCACCGAUCUCGCCUAUUCUCUAUCUCAUCUACAACGCCGAUCUCAUUGAGGAUUGCGCGGAUCCGGCCAACCACAUCACAACCAGCGGCUGGGUGGACGACGUGAGCAUGAUGGCAGCGGGUUACUCCGAGCGGGAGACUAUUAAGAAGCUAGAGCGCGCCAGUGCCACAGCAGACCAAUGGGCUCUACGACACGCCUCCGUCUUUAACCGCAAGAAAUAUCAAUUGAUUCACUUUGUGAAUCCGCGAAGCGGACUCCAACCACAAAAACAACCAAUCCAAAUACAGGACGACGUACGGAUAGACGCACGCAACGAAGUGAAAUAUCUCGGGAUGCGCCGAAUCUACCAGGCGGUGAUCAUCCCGCAGAUACUCUACGGCACCACGGCGUGGUUCCAUCCAGGGUUAAUGACACAGAAGCAAAUCACGAGCACAAUCAAGGGCUUCGCGAGUAUUCAAAAACGUGCGGCCUGCCUCAUCAGUAGUGCGUUUCGUACCACUGCAGCAGAGGCGCUCAAUACAGAACUACACCUAAUACCGAUGCGCCAACAACUAGACCAGCUUGCCAAGAUAACCGCGAUCCAGAUCCGCACAGGACCAACAUUGGGCAUCCCUAGCGGCAUGCUCACCAAGCGUACAGAUGAAGAACUCACUCUCGGCGGUUAUACCCCAAUGGAAGCUCACGCGUGGAAGAAGGGCGGAUGCCUCACGGCUCCCCCAAGAACCUUGGCCGGGAGAUGGGAGAGUCGUGACGCGUACGUCCAGGAGCCGUGGCGUGAGCCACCAAGGGUUAUAAUCAACGAGCGCGAGGUUGCAAUCUCAGUCCACAACUCAAUUCACACACAUAAUGCACACACCAUGAUAUACACAGAUGGAAGCGGUUAUCAAGGAUAUAUCGGAGCAGCGGCAGUCAUUCCGGCGUUGAAUGUCCAAGUCACGGAGUGUAUCGGCACGGAAGGCACGUCAACAGUGUACGCGGGAGAGUCCUAUGGGAUCAGCUACGCGCUUAAAAGCGUGCUCCAGUUACAACAGAAUCGCGACAUCAAGGCACCGGUUAUCUUCUCAGAUAGUCAAGCGGCACUCCGAACACUCACCAAUCCGCGGAUGGCCUCCGGUCAACUGUACAUCCGCGAAUGCCUACGGCUUCUGCGAGAAUGUAUGGACGUGGGCAUCAACGCGACGUUACGGUGGAUUCCGGGACACGAGAACGUGCCUGGAAACGAGAUGGCAGACCGCGCCGCAAAGAAGGCAGCAAUCCAAGGAGUACGACGGGAGGUCGUUCCGGGGGAUGUCUCAACCGGGGGAUGGAUCAUGCUGGGAGCAGCAGCAAAGCGACGUAUCCAACAGUCGACGAAGGAUGCAUGGGAAAAAGCAUGGGACAAGCAGAAGAGUGGGAAACCUACCAAGAACCUAGUAACCCGCCCAUCACGGCGCACAAUCCAAUAUUGA